CCUCCGGCUUUGCCCUUCCUGGGCUCCUGCUUGGUGUUCUGGGACCAAGGCAGGUGCUCUUCCAUUCCAGAAGAGGACCACUGCCUGCGGAACCAUGAACAACAGUGUCCUCCUUCAAGAAGAACUCAUCAAAAAGUCCCAGCAAAAGAGAAGAACUUCUCCAUCCAACUUCAAAGUUCGAUUCUUCGUUUUAACAAAAUCAAGCCUGGCAUAUUUUGAACAUCGUUCUGGGAAGAAGAGAAUUCUAAAAGGCUCUAUUGAACUGUCCAAGAUUAAAUGUGUAGAAAUUGUGAAAAGCGACAUCAGUAUUCCAUGUCACUAUAAGUAUCCUUUCCAGAUUUUUCAUGACAGCUAUGUGCUGUAUGUGUUCGCCCCCAGCCAAACAAGUUGCCAGAAAUGGGUCUUGACUUUAAAAGAAGAAACUAGGAACAACAACAACUUAGUGACAAAGUUUCACCCAAAUUUUUGGAUGGAAGGAAGAUGGAGGUGUUGUGCGCAGGCAGAAAAGAUGGCAACAGGCUGUGUGGAAUAUGUUCCAUCCAAGACUGUCUCCAAGAAACCGCUUCCUCCAACCCCAGAGAAUAACCCGAAAUUAUUUAUAGACCCCAAGGACUCACUAGUAAUCGCCAUUUAUGACUACACUGCCCAGAAUCCCCAAGAGCUGCCAUUACAGUGCGGUGAAGAAUAUUAUGUUAUCGACAACUCUGAGGAGCAUUGGUGGUUGGUUCAAGACAAGAAUGGUCAUGAAGGAUAUGUGCCAAGCAGCUAUGUGACAAAAAAAUCAUCAGAAAAUCUGCAGUUAUAUGAAUGGUACAGCAAUAGCAUCAACCGAAGCAAGGCAGAAGUGCUUCUCAGAGAAGAGGGCAAGGAAGGAGCCUUCAUAGUGAGAAACUCAAGGCAACCUGGCACAUACACAGUCUCUGUCUUCACAAAAGCAUUAAGCAAUGAGAAUAACCCGGUUAUAAAGCAUUAUCACAUCAAGGAGACAAGCGACAGCCCCAAGAAGUACUACCUGGCAGAGAAGCACGUGUUUGACUCUGUCUGGGAACUGAUCAACUAUCAUCAGCACAACGCAGCAGGUCUCGUUACUCGUUUGCGGUAUGCCGUUUCCUCCCGGAGAGAAAAGGCACCUGUUACUGCUGGGCUAAGCUAUGGAAAGUGGCAGAUAAAUCCACAGGAGCUGACCUUUGAGCAGGAGAUUGGCGUUGGCCAGUUUGGGGUGGUGCAUCUUGGCUACUGGCUGAACCAGAUGAAAGUGGCCAUAAAGACCAUUCGCCCAGGGGCGAUGUCAGAAGAAGACUUUAUUGAGGAGGCCCAAGUCAUGAUGAAACUCUCUCAUCCCAAAUUAGUCCAGCUGCAUGGGAUAUGCAUGCAGCACACUCCCAUGUGCCUGGUCUUUGAGUUCAUGGAGUAUGGCUGUUUGUCUGAUUACUUAAGGAGGCAGCGGGGAAGCUUCUCAAAGGAAGACCUCUUGGGAAUGUGCCAAGAUGUGUGUGAAGGAAUGACUUAUCUGGAGCAGGCGUCUGUUAUCCACAGAGACCUGGCUGCUCGGAAUUGUUUGGUUGGAGAAUUCCAUGUGGUCAAAGUGUCCGAUUUUGGAAUGUCACGGUAUGUUCUUGAUGACCAGUAUACCAGCUCCAUGGGCACCAAAUUCCCCGUCAGAUGGUCAGCACCGGAAGUUUUCUCCUACAACCGGUAUAGCACCAAAUCUGAUGUCUGGUCAUUUGGAGUAUUGAUGUGGGAGACAUUCAGUGAAGGCAGAUUGCCUUAUGAGAACAAGACCAAUGCUGAAGUUGUGGAAGAAAUCAGUGCUGGUGCCCGUCUAUAUAAGCCCAGACUAGCCUCCAAUACUAUUUACAAACUCAUGCAGUGUUGCUGGAGUGAGAAGCCAGAACACAGACCUUCCUUCUCAAUCCUGCUGUACCAGCUGAAUGAAAUCUUUGAAUCGGAGCUUUAGCAAAAAGUGAAAGGACUCUGAGAAAAUACGAAAAGCACGCUCAGUCUUACGCAUGCACUGGGCAGAGGUAUCCAUCACUGGGAUCUUCUAGAGGCAGCCAACUUGGAACAACAAUUUCAACAGGAAACUGGCUUCUGUCUUUUAAGAAUACUGCAAGAUGCUUUCUGGGUUGUGCCUGAUAAUCCGAUCAACUGUUCGUUUUACAUGGUGACGGUGAUGGUGAGAGUAGCGAUGAGGACGACAACAAGAGAUCUGCCACUGAUUUAGAGAGCAGAAACUUUUCCUUUAAUGGUAAACAUUCCCAUCUGAAGGGAAGCUAAUGAUUUUGACCUUCCAUACCUGCUCAACACUGAAAGAGAAGAGACAGUUGUUUAUAUAUAAAAAAAGUUCUUAACAGCACAUUUAAAGUGUAAUCUUAAAACAAAACUAUUUGGAUCAACGGACUACAUAGGUCCAACAGGGACAUCAGGGACUAGUCACUUAAUCGUGUACAUUGCAAAGGUUACAAGGGGAAGGGUGCUUGCUCUUAGCCCAGUUCUACAGCUUGUUAAUCUUCCAAUGUGCCACAAUACAUUAAAAGUGUGGGGGCAGGAUAGAAAAUUCUACCCUAAGCUGAGUUUGCUGGUGGGAAGAACAGUUCUCAUAUAAUGCCUGGCAGACCACCUGCAGGUGGCAUUCUCGGGAAAAGCAGCUGUGGAGAGUGCUUCUUAUUAGUUUAAUAUCCACUGAUGUGGUACCGGGAAUAAUUGCAAUUUAAUCCCUUUGUAUGUGCAGUUAUAUGCAUGAUGGGCAGUCACACACAUUUUAAAAAGUAGAUGUAAAUAAAGCCUGUAAAUCCACCACAACUGAGCAUUAAUUCUGAGCUCAGAAUGAAGAUCCUUUUAUGUUGCUACCUGAAAACACAUCAGAAAAAUUAACCCAUUAUUUACUUGAUUACAGAAUGCUUUGCAUGAACUUAGUAUUUUAUCUGAAAGUAGCUUCUUUCAGGUAGAGGAGAAUAUCAUCAAUCUAGAGUAGGAAACUUAAGCAAAAAUCAGGCUUUGUGCUAAAAUAUUCAGGGAAAAGGGAAGAUCAGGAAAAGUCAUGGCAUUUUAAAAUUUAAUUCCAUUUCUUUUUGUUUCUUAGGUAUUAUGUAAGUAAAAAUGGUAUUGGUAAAAGACUGAAAACUAUGUAAUGAUUACAAUGACCCAUUCUUUUUCUCUUUGCCAAAUAUAACAAACUACUACAUUCUUUUUCACUUCACCUUUCUGUGAAGGAAUUUUUAAUUAGGGAUUUUUAAAUUUUAUUUUGAGGUGGCUCCUCCUACUGUCACUGCUUUUCAGUUCACUAUUUUUGUUUUCAAAAUGUGUCAGUAAUCUUCCAUGUAAAUACUAUCAUUACAUAAUGUUUCAAUGUACAUAUUUGGAUUUAAUAAGUCUAAACUGAGCACCGAAGAAUUGAGGCCUUUGAAUCCUGCAAGUUCCUUGGACUGCAAGGCGAUCAAACCAGUCAGUCCUAGAGGAGAUCAGCCCUGACUACUCAGAUACUGAAGAUGAGA